CAGCACUGUCAGCAGGAUGCUGAUAAUUAUAUAGCGCCGUCACUAGUUGACCAAUCGACUAUGGAACCGAUCGCACGUCUUGUCAAAGUGUCCGUCCCGAAUUAUCUGGCCGGUUUACCGAUUCCAGAUUCGAUAGGCGGAUGGUUCCGACUGGGAGUGAAGGACUGGUUCGCCCUUUUGCCACCCACUGCCUUUGUCGUAGGUAUGGGAUAUAUGUCCUACAGAGCGUUUUGUCCUCACGGCAGACCUACGCCAAAUGGUUGUGUUAAUCUCAAAGUAAAGAAAGACAUUGCAAAAGUGGUGGACACUGUUGAUAUCGAAGAUAUCUCUGAAAAAGCUGUAUUUUGUCGCUGCUGGAGAUCUGAAAAUUGGCCAUACUGUGACGGUACUCACGGACGUCAUAACAAGGAAUGCAAUGACAAUGUGGGUCCACUUAUCGUCAAGAAGAAAGACUAGAAUUUGAUCACAUUGAUUAAUUACCAAUUCAUUGGAAAUUUCUCAUCAUUGUAAGAUAUUUACGCGCCAUAUUGUAGAUAAAUAUGUGAGGAAGGGUCAAAUAGCUGAAUCUUUAUCUUCCUCUGUAGAUAAAUUUUACAAAACAGUGUCUACCAAUUUAUUUUUUAAGACGCUUGUCUCUAAGGAAAGGGUAUCUAAGGGAAGAUUUAUAAAUAAAUUUAUUUCGAUAAUAUA